AGUAAAUGGUGUAGUAUGUACAGCUGUGACUUGAAGAGGGUUUGCGUAACAUCAAGCUUCAAACAGCAGUUCCUUCUGUUUCUCUCCGAUUUCCUUUUGGCUCCGGACGGAAGAGCUUACAGGAGAAGGAAAGAAAGAGAGGGAGACAGCCAGACAGAAAGAUAUGGCAACAGGUACUGCUUCAUUCAAGAUAAUCCUGGGAUCCAAGUCACUGGCUCGUCGGAAUAUUUUAACUGAAAUGGGGUAUGAGUUCACAAUAAUGACUGCAGACAUAGAUGAGAAAGGAAUUCGGAAGGAAAAGCCAGAGGAGUUAGUAAUGGCUCUAGCUGAGGCAAAGGCAGAUGCUAUCAUAGCAAGGCUUCAAACUGCUGGUUAUCAAGAGAAGGACGCUGAACCAACACUCCUAAUUACAGCUGACACAGUGGUGGUCUUUGAAGGGAAAGUGAGAGAAAAACCAUCCAGCAAGGAAGAAGCACGACGGUUCAUCAAAGGAUAUUCUGGUGGUAAUGCAGCAACAGUGGGAUCUGUUAUUGUUACCAACCUUAAGACUGGAACAAGGAAAGGAGCAUGGGACAAAGCGGAGGUCUAUUUCCAUGACAUACCAGAUGAAGUCAUUGAUAAUCUGAUAGAGGAAGGACUUGUCCUCAACGUUGCCGGAGGCCUGAUACUUGAACAUCCAUUAACAUUGCCUUUUGUUGAAGCUGUGGUUGGUUUUGCUUUUCUCUGCCGGUAGGGUCUGCAGAUAGUGUGAUGGGACUACCCAAGUCUCUAACAGAAGAACUCAUAAAAGAGGUCCUCUAGCUGUUGCAUUAAAGCCUUUCAGUUUGUCUUAGGGUGUUUGAAUGGUCCUCCUUGGUUAUUCUACAGUUUCUACUUGCUUUAAAGGGUAUUCUUGUUACACUAAUUUCUCAAGCAUUUAGAACGCAAGUUUAGCAGGCGACAGAGCUUCAUAAAAAGAUGUUAACCUAUUGACUUUUAUCAAUUGUUUCAAACAUUUGGAAAGUUAAGACCUCCUUGUUGCA